GUUGAUGUCACUGAUUCUUGAAUUACACGGCCCAUGAUUUGGUAUCUGUCGGCCACACAUGCGAUCACUGCACACUACCUUCGCAGUGUGUUUCAUUAUUCUUAUUUUGACAGUUGAGGUUCAAAGUGGAGGUCGUGGAAAGGGCCGAACUCGUUCUUCCUCUUCAUCCACUCGAAGCAAAGUCCGUUCGUCAUCAUGGUUCCGUUCAACUAACCGUAAAUCUGGUUUAUCUUCCUCGCGUGUUAGGAAUGCAUUUUCAGUGAGAAGUGCAUUGGCUGGUAUCUAUAUCUCACAGUUACUGCGUCCACGUGUGCGGAUUCAUAGCUAUCGGGAUUUGGAUCCGUAUACUGUUUGUGACGGCUAUCGAUCUACCGUUGAAAAUGGUUCGAAGAGAGACUAUCACUACUACCUUUGUCCAGACAAUCCGACGCAGCCGUCGGAAGUGUACUGCUGCAUGGAAUCGUCAACCGGUACACACUAUUGUUGCGCCGAAACAAGCUGGGGAUUGACCUUCGUAUGGAUCGCUGCCGGUGUGGCAAUAGCCGCCGUUGUCUGGUUGAUAUGUUGUUGUAAAAGGCAGCGAGGUGCAACGAAAAUGCAGAAACAUUGGGCCUUUCACGAACGUAUCUCCCCGAUAGCAGUAGUCCAACCUCAUCCGAACGAUUUUGAAGAACCCUCUGCUCCGACUGCAUUCGCAAGUGCCAGCGAAGAGUCUCGGUCACUUGUGCCCCGUCCCACAACACCCACGCGUCCUCCCAUCGGAUUCGGCCCGGCCGAGGGGAGUCCGCUCAACUUGUUUGAAGGAGGACCAUCAGCGCCACCGGAUCCUGACUUACCACCGCCUCCUUAUCCUGGAUACGAUCGCCCUCCGCCCUAUCCCCUAGUGUCUCAUCAAUGUGAGCCACAUAUUUAGCUUGCUGGGCGGCUUGACGUGUUGGAAAGCUCAGCGUUCUGCGUAUUUUAUCAAAACAACCAUGCUGCCAAUCUGAUUCAUGUUCUGUGCUAUUCAAAACCAAAGAAAUUCUUGCCCACCUUCCAGUAUGCCAUUGAAAUCAGUCCUCUUAUCCUCCUUUAUCUAGUUUGUGAGUCCUGUGUAUCGUUCUCUUUCGUAAUCUCACGUGUAAGUUGGCAAAUUUUACCCUGCUAACCAGAGGAAAGACAACACAACAACCUGAAGUUCGUGUGAUUUUUUUGCACCAGAUACACAAGCUACAUAUUUUCCAACAUUUUCUUGUUUAUAUAUCUGGUUUCACAGGCCUUAUCUUAUAGUUCUUUUUUAAUCAGAGCAUUGUAUAUGCAUUUCACUUCAGAUUAUCCAAUGUGCUUCAUCAUUGUUUUUUUCCAAUGACAAUUUUUAUAACAUUGCUUUCCGCUUGUUUCACCGUUGUGAUUUCACUUAAUUUGUUACUCUGGGCCGAAUUUUCGUAAUGAUUUUAC